GUUUGGGAGUAAAAAUUCUUUUGAAUUAGCAACUGAAAAACGAGGUUAGUCAGGCUAAUUUAAUACUUAAUUGGCAGUCAUUUAAGGCAUGGAUCAAUAACUGGCGCAGGCCCGCAAAGAUCGGUUCAGUUCAAUUUCAAGACAAAAAGCUAAGAUCUUGUUAUUUGGAACGACAGAUGUCAAAUUCGUCCAGCAGCAACGCAGCCGAGGGAUACAAACAGAGCUCGCUUUCCGUGCAAAAAGUGGACGGUGAAAUGUUCAUACAAACGGAUGUUUGUCCUCAAGUUGGAGACGCCAUCUUGGAUUUAGGUUGCGGUACAGGAGAGCUGUCUGCAUAUCUGGCUGAACUUGUAGGACCCGAGGGAAAGGUUGUAGGUGUUGAUCCUGACAAGGAACGAAUUCUACUGGCUCAGCAGUCCUAUUUUGAGGUAAAAAAUCUCUCAUUUGUGGAAGGAAACGCUUCAAACUUCCCAGGGAUUGGGUCGCAGUCGUACGACAUUGUUUUCAGUAAUCAAGUCAUCCACUGGAUCCCUGACAAAGAAGAAGUCUUCAAGAACAUGUUUGAAAGUGUUAAAAGUGGAGGAAAAAUAGCCGCUCGCUACAUAGAGCAUCUACCUUCUUUUGUUGUAAGUGCUUAUAGGGAGCUCAAUCCCGAGAACACAGAGCGACUUUGCGAGAUGUUUGAAGGCGAAGAAAGGGCUACGAUAGAGCAAUAUUGUUCGUCAGCGGGAUUCCGCAUUACUAAAAGCUAUGACUUGCUAAGCACGCAACUUGUUUUCCAAAACAUCUACAGCCUUCUGAAAUGGAUUUGGACGCUUACACACGGUGUUUUUGAUCCUAAGCUGGCUACCGAAGAACGUUUGCAGAGAUAUUAUCCGUACGCCAGCCGGAAUGGUAAACCACCAUUUGACUUCAGGGGAAUCAAAGAGGAAUCGGCUGCUUGUCACUUGAUAGCAGUAAAGCAAGCAGGAGAUAGCUAUAAACAUUGCAUUUGAACCAUUGUAAAUAAAGCUAGAAUUGUGAGCCAUGUCGAAAUAUUACGUUGUUCAUCAAUUUAGUUUGCCGAAGAGAACAGGCGGUAAGAGUACAGAGCGCUGUGCGUGAUAAACGAGCGUGAAGCGGGAUAGCAAGGCGUGGAGUGGAAUACGCGAAGGUGGAGCGGAACAUAUAGGCGUGAUGUGGGAUACAGAAGUAUGAAGCGGGAUACACGAACGUGGAGUGGGAUACGCGGGCGCGGAGCGGGAUGCACGAGCGUGGAGUGAGAUACACAGGCGUGGAGUGGGAUACACGGUCUUGGAGCGAGAUACACAGGCGUGGAGUACUUGAGAUCAUUUGUGAAGUUCCAAGUAGCAAAACGAAUGUCUGCAUACGCACAGGUCCAUCUCUAUUCACGUAGCUCUAUAGCUUGUUGCCGAUUAGGUAUAUUUAAGUCGACGGUUUUAAAAUGUCCACAUACUCGUUCAAAUGAAAGGCCACCAGUCGGCCGGUCAAGGGGGAGGAAGAUUGCGUGACGAGCCCAAAGAGCGUCUGCUUCAGAAGCAGAAGUCAGAAAUCCGGCUGUGUUUGCAGGCUAUAAAUUCUAUAAACAAGGCCUUCUCGAUCUUAACAGACUGUGCUCUAUUUGUGAAUCUAAUGAAAUUGAAGAUGAAUCUCACUCGGCUUUCUUACGUAUUGCAUUAAAUACUAUAUUCUUAGAAUUUUAUAGAAAAAUAGAGAAUAUCUUAGUUUCCGUCUUUUAAACAACUAUCUUUUACAAUCCAUUGACGAACUUACGACUUCUACAUUCAUUUUAUCUUGUGAUAAGUGAAUAAAGAUGGUAAAUUUUAAGCUCGGUAAUGAAAUGUGAAAAGUGAACUGAUCAACAUGACACGAGCGUGGGAAAAAGAAAAAUUCAGGCUGAGUCCAUGAGUUCUUGUAGCCCAGUGGAUAGAGCGCCCGCCCUGUGUUCUGGAGGUCAUGGGUUCUAUCCCUGUCAGGGACUCAGAAUUUCUCUUUGUCCCACGCUCGUGUCAAGUUGAUCAGUUCACUUUUCAUUUUAUCUUGCUUUGAUCUACGCAAUACUGUUCUAUUAAAUCAAACCGAUGCACCGUGAUUGCUAUUUCAUAACCUUCUUAUAUGUUCACGAUAACCAUUAUUGUUUGAAUUUUAGUUUACCAAAACUUUUGCAACACUGUAUGUAUCAUGCAAAUAAAGCAAAUUGUUUUCAAAGUCAAAGGUGUUCUUAAAGCCUCAGGUUAGAGGCAUGCAAAAAAACUCCAGAUUCCCUCGUUUUAUUCUCGUGUUUCUUGUUACAUUGUAGUCAAUUCUGAUCAUUCGGGGUAAACAUUAGGAUAUAGCAUUAAGCCUGAGAAUGUUUAUGGACU